AUGCUUUGUGUUGCUUUACGUUUCUUUGCAAACGGUAGUUUUCUGUAUAACGUGGGGGAUGCAGAGCACAUUAGUAAGGCCACUGUAUGCAGAACAGUAAGGAAAGUGUGCCUCGCUCUCAAACGCUUUCUGCGGAUUUUUGUGGUGUUUCCUGGGCACAAACCCCUGAGAGUCAUCAGAGAGGAGUUUCACAGGUUUGCAGGAUUUCCAAAUGUGUUUGGAUGCAUUGAUGGCACACACAUUCCCAUCAUUGCACCCUCUGAGAAUGAAGCUGACUAUGUCAACAGGAGGUCUAUUCACAGUAUUUAUGUGCAGAUCAUAUGUGAUGCUGCACAUAUCAUCACAAAUGUGGAGGCCAAGUGGCCCGGCUCUGUUCAUGACUCACGAAUGUUUCGUGAGUCGACCCUGAGCAACAAGCUGGAAUGUGGAGAGAUUGAUGGCUUUCUGCUGGGAGAUAGGGGUUACCCGUGCCAACCAACACUAAUAACCCCUUACCCAGAACCUGAACCAGGCCACCAGCAGCACUUCAAUGUGGCACACUGCAGGACAAGAGCCCGGGUGGAGAUGACCAUAGGCCUGUUGAAAGCACGUUUUCAGUGCCUACGUCACCUCAGGGUAACCCCUGAGAGGGCCUGCGACAUUAUUGCGGCAUGUGUUGUUCUCCAUAAUAUUGCCAUAAUUAGAGGGGAGCAACACCCUGCCUUACAAAUACAAGACCCUGAGGAAGACCCCAUCCACCCUGCGGAUUUCCAGGAUGGAAGGGUAGUCAGAGAUAUUUUAUGCCGCAAUUUCUUCUCGGAUUAAUCUGCA